AUGCAUAAUCGCGAAGUGUGCAGUCUCCGUCAAUACUUCUUGGCGAGAUCGGAUGAUCCAUUCUAUAAUGACGUCAUUUCUAGUGAUAAAGAGCUUACCCCUCUAUCCUUAGCCAACGAGCAAUGGCAGGACCCAGCAGUGCUUAGCAUUUCCGACCGGGAGACCGUAUGGAAGGAGAAGGAGCUCCACGGGAGGUACUACAAGGCUUUACAUGAGCCCUUCGUAGAUACAGUCGCCUCCCUCAACUGGCUACGUUUCGGUGACCUCUUCGGGGAAACCGAGGGUUUUGUCUGUGCAAUACAGGAUCAGGUUAUUAAGACCAACAACUAUCGGAGAUACAUCCUAAAGGAUGGCACCGUCGACGUCUGUCGAGCUUGUCGCCAUCCCGGGGGAGUCACUCAGGCAUGUCAUCUCCGGUUGUUCGGCGCUUUCUAA